AUGAGUCGCGUGCGUAAUCUGGGUGUGGAAGAGUUUGCAGGAGAGAUUGCGAAGGAGCUUGAAUGCGACCUAUAUACCAGGUUUAUUAUCGAAGAUGCAAUCAGCGGCAGAGUUUUCUUGGCGGAGGGAGAAAAGGGAGACGCGCUCAUUGAAGAUUUUAAAGAUCUGAAAAGUGGCGCUGCAAUCAAGAGGGGUCAUAAAACGAUUCUCAAAGAAUUGAGAGAUUCGUGGCUCGCAUCUGAAGGAUCAAGAGGGGGAAAGACAGAAACAACGAGAGAAAGCGGAGGAGGCAAAGGUUCAGUCGAAUUGCAGAGAAGUGGCAAGCAUCUCGAUGCACGAAACUUGGCAGGGACCUCUUCCCAAGAAGUCAAUGUGUCCAGGGGGGAAAAUGAUUCUCAGGAUAGGCCUCAAAAUAGAUCAGCUCCAAGCUCGCCACUAAGUGCAGCGAAGCUGUUCAAAACGCUCUGGCAUAGCAAGAAGUUCACCAUAUAUGUUGGAAAGCACGGCGUCAGGAGGCUGCAGAGUUUCCAUGCGCGUGUGGUCAGCCGUGCAGCAGCAGAUCUAGGACUGACAGAUUACAUGCCUGACGAAGCGAAGGCAAAACAGGUUCCUUCAGAGGACGAGCUGAUGAUGCUGAGGUCCAUCAACCUGAAAAGAAAUCCGAAGGACCUCGAGUGGAGAGACAAGAUCUUUGACUCGAUUCUAGACGAAGACGAGCACUCCGGGGAAGUCGUUGGUUUGGACGGCACCGUAUACAAAUGGCCGAAGGCUUGCAACAAUUCCACGUUCACCGCAAUCAUUGAUGACCUCAAGAAGAAGUUUUUGCACGCGGACCGGUACAGAAAAAGCCAGGCUAAAGAGCUCGAACGGUAUCAUGAGCGCAAGCCAAAGAAGGUAGACAAGAAGCGAGCCGAAGCUGGGGAGGACGGCGCCAUGCAGGAGCAGCCACGUCAAUUCAACGGUACUGGACCAUCAAAGGAGCCGGAUUCAGAAAGCUUGGACGAGAGCCAACCCGCUCGGCCCGGCAGCGGCAACCACCCCAACGAGGCCUUGACACCCGAGACUGCUCCUUCAAAAUUACCGAAGCCGAAGACGAGCUGCUCGUUGGAGGGGUGCUCGUCGACGGAACGGCCUCCAAGCUUCUGCCAGGCAUGUCUCGACCCGGUGCACGAGGAGUGCGUGCAAGAGCUGCUAAAAAGGCUGUACGGGGUCGAGAAGUACGACGGGGAGCUGCUUUACUGCGCCAAUCACCACAGCAACUUCGGCUUUCGUCAGGGGCUUGGCGGAAAGUGCGCACUGCCAGCGUGCGCGAUGGCAGGAAAGCCCGCCCAGCAUCGGUGCGAGGUCUGCAAGGACCCGGUGCACAACCUGUGUUUCCAAGGCUUCCUGCACGAGGUGUACGGCGUCGAGGGCUACGACCAAGGCCGCUUUGCGUGCAAGGAACACGCCAGCGCUCUGGGCUUUCAGAAGGCAACCAGUGGCCAUCACCAAUUGAUCUUCCACACCCAGGCGUCAGCGAAAAUCCGCGCGGAGGGGCUGAUCAGUGCGGCAUCGCAGCCGGCGGGUCCCCCAGUAUCGGUCCCGUCAGAAUCCGUGCGCUCCCCUCCCCGGGGCUCUGAUGCGCCGGAUGCCGGAAAAGGUUCCGAUGAGCGCGAGAAGACCGGCGAGGGGGAAGACUCAGAGGGGCGCGAGACUAAGGCUGGUGAGGCUAAAGAGAAGCCGGACAAAACGAAGAACGGGGCCCGGAAGCGAAAGGGAAGUCAGACGGUCGAGCAGGACAAGAAGAAGAAGAUUCGCCCGGAAGGAAUUUCCCCUACCAACGAAAAGCCGAACGAGCCGGCUGAGUCAGAAGUUCCCGGCCCGAAAACAUUAAAAGCACCACCCAGUGAGCCGGUUGAGGAAAUCCAAGUUGUACGGCAGUCGAACCGCGCGCCUAAGGUGAACCGGCUGAUUCACAACGACAGCUUCGUGGUUAAUUCCAAGCAGCGGGCAGCGGCGGGAACCGAAUCCGGACAGAAGUCCCGUGAGAAAGUCAAAAUCGGAGCCACCAAGAAGCCCAAUGCGCCACCCUCGGAUGAGAGCGAGGAGUCGAUGAGCCUUUCGGGCUCCGCGAUUGAGACGUCAGAAGAGGAGGACUCCGACGCGGAGUCGCCGUCAGAUCUGCCGAUCGGAGGCGCUUUCGAGGACAAGGACGAGAAACUGCAUCCUUCAAUCCUCACCUCCAAAGCGCUGCGCAAGGGGAUCGACAAGCUGAAGCUGCUAGGCAUCUCGAAGUCUCCCAAGCUGAAAGAGUUCAGCCAAAACUACCUCCUGAAGCUGUUCAGCGAGGGGCUCAUCGCAAAGAAGAAGGUCACCAUCAAAAACCGGAAGUGGCGUGAGGACGGCACCAGCCUGGACCCGGCUGAUAUCCGUAUGCGCUUCUGA